GGGUGACUAUUUUCUGCAAAUACAACGUGACAAACAAACCCAGGGGUCCUCAGAAGGCUCGAUCUGGAUCAGGUUUCACGCCUCCCGGGGUAUAAAGGCCGGGGCUCUGUGGCAGCAGGCAGACUAAAAUAACCUGCUCGCUGUGACAGACGCACAAAAGGACAUGGACAUCCAGACGGGGCAAGUGGUGCAUCCCCUCGGAGACAUGGACAGCUUGGAGAAACAGCUCAGCUGUCCCAUCUGCCUGGACAUGUUCACCAAACCGGUGGUCAUUCUGCCCUGCCAGCACAACUUGUGUCGCAGCUGCGCCAACAAUCUCUAUGAGUCCAGAAACCCGUACCACUUCUCUGGGGGCACCUUCCGCUGCCCCACGUGCCGCUUCGAAGUGAUCCUGGACCGCCACGGCGUGUACGGGCUGCAGCGCAACCUGCUGGUGGAGAACAUCAUUGACAUCUGCAAGCAGCAGCAGGAGAAACGAGAAAGCGAGUCUUUGGAUCCCCCGCUGAAGGACAAGGACAUCAAAGAGCCAAAGUGCAAGGAGCACGAGGACGAGCGCAUCAACAUCUACUGCGUCAGCUGCCAGACGCCCACCUGCUCCAUGUGCAAGGUGUUCGGUCAGCACAAGGACUGUGACGUGUCACCGCUGCAGGCGGUCUACCAACGCCAAAAGGCUGAGCUCCGUGCCGCUGUUGAGUCCCUAGCUGCUGCCAACACCUGUGUCCAGGCCGCCAUGGCGCAGAUGGACAACACCUGCAAGGUCAUCCAGGAGAACGGUGAAGUGCAGAAAAGGCGGCUGGGUGAGAGCUUUGACCUCCUGUACGCUGUCCUGGAGGAGCGUAAGGGCCAGCUGCUGGACCGGAUAAGCCGCGAGGAAGCGGAGAAGGUGUCAGUGCUGCAUUCGCUGGCUGAGCAGUACCAGCAGCAGCUGCAGGCCAGUGAGCGGCUGAAGGAGACAGUAACACAGAGUAUGGAGCGCUGCGGCGUUGCCGAGUUCCUGCUGGCCUCCAAAGACCUCAUUAAGGAAGCCCGAGAGAUGACGAGGGGGAGCCAGCUGCAGAGACCUGAGCCGGGCUUUGAGGCCAUGGACCACCUGAGCGUGGACACUGAGGACACGGAGGCCCUACUGGCUCAGCUGGACUUUGGACUCCAUGAAGAUAAGUGACAAUGGCGAUGAUGUCAGGUUUACUGGAGCAAAACUAAUCAUUGAAACUUUUUUAUAUUUUUGUAUUUUUCCAGAUGUUUUUGAUAUUGCAUGAGGGACGUUUCCCUGUCAUCGUGUUUUUGGUGGUCAAGGUUACAUGACCAAAAAAAAAAAAGAGAGAGAAAAAGUAUUUAUUGUGUUUGUCCAAAAGAAACUUGAAAUGUAAACUGUGUUGUUGUUUGUUUGUGACAUGCUGCUAAUAAAGUUAAAUUUUUUUGGGUGAUAAU